AUGUCGGAGAAGCGAAAUAUACGAGAUCACAAACGUAGAUUGCUCGCGGCUAAAUAUGAAUUGAGACGAAAGCUUUAUAAAGCCCUUUGUAAAGAUCCCGAUCUUACUAGUGAUAUGCGGGACAAACAUCGUUCUAAGUUGUCCAAGUUGCCAAGAAAGAGUUCCUUUGCACGAGUAAGAAACCGAUCAUCUCGAGAUCCUUUUGAUGGGCAUAAAGAAAUCGUCUUGGUAGCAACCACCAAACCAAGAGAACAAGGGUUAGCUCCGCAGCAGGUCUACAAGCAAGUGGAGCGCCGGAGUGCAGAGGUUGUUCCCAUCAUUGAAGUCAGGGUGUGGGACUGA